ACUUUUCCUCUCCCUUUCCCUUUCUCUUUCUCCGCGAUCUUCUCUUACCGUGUUCUUCUGCUAAAUGUCUACGCCGCGUCUCUGAGAGUAGCCGUAGACUUGCCAUCUCGCACUUUUCUUCCCACUUCGAUAUCGUCGAAACCUUCUCAAAAAAACGGAAACGCUUAUUUUCGGCUUAGAUCUGUUUCCGGUGCUGCUCUAGAACCCCAAUUCCAGGCGAAUCGAGGGUUCUGGAGCCUCGGCUCUCUUCAUGUUUCGGGUUUAUGCUCGCCCGUAACUUCAGCUUCGUAGAAAUUUUAGUGUUCUGAGGUUCUUCAAUUAAUGGCGAGAAUUUACGAUAACUGGGAGCGACUGGUUCGUGCCACCUUACAAAGAGAGCAACUUCGUAAUGCUGGUAAAGGGCACGGAAGAGUUUCCGCUGGGAUUUCUGAUGAUGUUCCAGAAUCGCUCGGCAGGUCCACGAACAUUGACGCGAUCUUACAAGCUGCCGAUGAGAUAGAAGAUGAGGACCCCAAUGUUGCCCGGAUCUUGUGUGAGCAAGCAUAUUCAAUGGCGCACGACCUGGAUCCCAACAGUGAUGGAAGAGGUGUGCUCCAGUUCAAGACUGGUCUAAUGUCUGUAAUUAAGCAAAAACUCUCCAAGAAGGAUGGAACAAGAUUUGACCGUAAUCGGGAUAUUGAGCGCUUGUGGGAAUUCUACCAACUUUAUAAGAGACGACAUAGAGUUGAUGAUAUUCAAAGGGAGGAGCAGAAAUGGAGGGAAUCUGGAACAUUCAGUUCCAAGUUGGGAGAGUUGGAGCUAAAAGCUAGGGAAAUGAAGAAGGUCUUUGCUACCUUGAGGGCUUUAGUUGAGGUGAUGGAGGCACUUAGCAAAGGCGCAGCUCCUGAUGGGGUGGGAAGGCUUAUUGAGGAGGAGUUAAGAAGAAUAAAGAAAUCAGAUACAGCUUUGACCGGAGAGCUUAUACCAUACAAUAUUGUACCUUUAGGUGCACCAUCCUUAACCAAUGCUAUUGGAGUAUUCCCUGAAGUUAAAGCUGCAAUGUCUUCCAUAAGAUAUACGGAACACUUGCCCAAGCUUCCUGCUGACUUUGAGAUUUCUGGACAUAGAGAUCCAGAUAUGUUUGAUCUCCUGGAGUAUGCUUUUGGUUUCCAGAAAGGCAAUAUCAGGAACCAGCGUGAAAAUGUCAUUCUUUCAAUAGCAAAUGCACAGUCACGUCUUGGCAUACCUGUGGAAGCUGAACCGAAGAUAGAUGAAAAAGCUAUCACUGAGGUUUUUCUGAAGGUGCUUGAUAACUAUAUCAAGUGGUGCAAAUACUUGCGGACUCGUCUUGCAUGGAACAGUAUUGAAGCAAUCAACAAAGAUAGGAAGCUUAUUUUAGUUUCUUUGUACUUCCUUAUCUGGGGUGAAGCUGCAAAUGUUCGCUUUCUUCCUGAAUGCAUUUGCUAUUUGUUCCACCAUAUGGCGAAGGAGUUGGAUGCAAUAUUGGACCAUGGUGAAGCUAAGCCAGCUGCUAGCUGUAUGAGUGAGAAUGGUUCUGUGUCCUUUCUUGUUGAAGUCAUUACUCCUAUUUACCAAACAAUGGCCGCGGAGGCUCUAAGUAACAAUGGGAAAGCCGCACAUUCAGCGUGGCGGAAUUAUGAUGAUUUCAAUGAAUUUUUCUGGUCGCGCGCUUGCUUUGAAUUGAGAUGGCCAUUGAAGAAGGACUCUUCAUUUUUAUUGAAGCCUAAGAAACGGAAAAGGACAGGGAAAACCAACUUUGUUGAGCAUCGGACGUUUCUUCACUUAUAUCGGAGUUUUCAUCGUUUAUGGAUUUUUCUGGUCCUGAUGUUCCAGGGGUUGACAAUUAUAGCUUUCAGCAAAGGAACUAUUAAUCUUCAUACAUUUAAGAAAGUUCUUAGCAUCGGACCAACCUUUGCUAUUAUGUGUUUCAUUGAGAGUUGUUUAGAUGUGCUACUUACAUAUGGAGCGUAUAGAACAGCACGGGGCAUGGCAAUCUCAAGGCUGAUUAUUAGGCUUUUCUGGUUUGGUAUCAGCUCCGUAUUUGUGAUUUAUGUGUACAUAAAGGUUCUGCAAGAAAGUAAUAAUCAAAAUUCAAAUUCGUUCUACUUUCGGAUUUAUAUUCUUGUGCUGGGUGUCUACGCUGCUUUGCGGUUCCUCCUUGCAAUGUUUCUAAAAUUUCCAUUUUGUCACGUGGUUUCGGAAAUGUCUGACCAGUCCUUCUUUCAAUUUUUUAAGUGGUUAUAUCAGGAACGAUUCUUUGUAGGACGUGGUCUUUUUGAAAAGACUAGCGAUUAUUUGAGGUAUGUGCUCUUCUGGUUGGUGAUCUUUGGAUGUAAAUUUACAUUUGCUUACUUUCUCCAGAUCAAACCACUGGUCAGUCCUACCAUUAUUAUCGUGAAUAUUUCAGAUUUAACUUACUCAUGGCAUGAUCUUGUCUCAAAGCACAAUAAAAAUGCAUUCACGGUUGCUAGCCUUUGGGCACCUGUUGUGGCUAUCUACCUUAUGGAUAUUCACAUAUGGUACACAGUCUUAUCUGCUCUUGUUGGUGGUGUGAUGGGUGCUCGGGGGCGUUUAGGAGAGAUACGUUCAAUUGAAAUGGUGCAUAAGCGUUUUGAGAGCUUUCCGGAAGCCUUUGUUAAGAAUCUUGCAUCUUCCCAAACAAAAAGGAUGCCUUCUGAUGCACAAUCAUCUCAGGUUCCUCAGGAGAUGAACAAGGUAUAUGCAGCUAUAUUCUCUCCCUUCUGGAAUGAAAUCAUCAAGAGUUUGCGUGAAGAAGAUUAUAUCAGUAACCGUGAGAAGGACUUGCUUUCUAUUCCAAGCAAUGCCGGAAGUCUCAGAUUAGUUCAAUGGCCUUUGUUUCUUCUUUGCAGCAAGAUCUUUUUGGCCUUGGAUUUGGCUUUGGACUGUAAGGAUACUCAGGCAGAUCUAUGGAGCAGAAUAUCUAGGGAUGAAUACAUGGCAUAUGCUGUUCAGGAGUGCUACUACAGUGUAGAAAAGAUUCUGCAUUCUCUAGUUGACAGUGAAGGGAGGAUUUGGGUGGAAAGGAUCUUUCGUGAGAUUAAUAACAGUGUUUUGGAGGGUUCACUGGUUAUAACUUUACAGCUCAGGAAGCUUCAACUGGUGGUUUCAAGGUUUACGGCUUUGACUGGGCUUCUGACACGGAAUGAGACUCCUGAGCUAGCUAGAGGUGCUGCAAAAGCUGUGUAUGAUCUAUAUGAAGUAGUUACACAUGACCUGCUGUCACCUGAUUUAAGGGAGCAGCUUGAUACGUGGAAUAUAAUAGCGAAAGCUAGAAACGAAAGGCGUCUCUUUUCUAAGAUAGAAUGGCCAAAGGAUCCAGAAAUUAAGGAGCAGGUGAAGCGAUUGCACCUCCUUCUGACUGUAAAGGAUUCUUCUGCUAAUGUCCCAAAGAAUCUUGAAGCAAGAAGAAGAUUAGAGUUUUUUACAAAUUCUUUAUUCAUGAACAUGCCUCCUGCAAAGCCAGUUUGUGAGAUGAUUCCAUUCUGUGUGUUCACACCAUACUACAGUGAGACUGUACUUUAUAGUUCCUCUGAGUUGCGGGCUGAGAAUGAGGAUGGGAUCUCUAUUCUGUUCUACCUCCAAAAGAUAUUUCCAGAUGAAUGGGUGAAUUUUUUGGAACGAAUUGGUCGGGGUGAAUCUACCGGAGAAGCUGAUCUUGAGGAGAGCUCUAGUGAUUCCUUAGAGCUUCGGUUUUGGGUAUCUUAUCGAGGUCAAACUUUAGCUAGAACUGUGCGUGGUAUGAUGUACUACAGAAGGGCUCUAAUGCUGCAAAGUUUUCUAGAAAAGAGAGCAUUCGGAGAAAUAGAUGAUGGCUAUUUGGGGGGCAAUUUUCCUACAUCAGAAGGAUUUGAGUUAUCUAGUGUGUCUCGAGCACAGGCUGAUCUGAAAUUUACUUAUGUGGUGUCAUGCCAAAUUUAUGGGCAACAGAAACAGAAGAAAGCUCAAGAGGCAGCUGAUAUUGCUCUUUUGUUGCAAAGGAAUGAAGCGCUUCGGGUUGCGUACAUACAUGUGGAAGAAAGUACCGAUGCUGAAGGACAGGUUGUAAGGGAAUUUUAUUCAAAACUUGUGAAAGCUGAUGUACAUGGGAAGGAUCAGGAAAUAUAUUCCAUCAAGCUUCCUGGAGAUCCCAAGCUUGGAGAAGGGAAACCUGAAAAUCAGAACCAUGCAAUAAUCUUCACACGUGGCGAAGCUAUUCAAACUAUCGAUAUGAAUCAGGAUAACUACCUUGAGGAGGCAAUGAAAAUGAGAAAUCUCGUAGAGGAAUUUCGUAGAAAUCAUGGUCUUCGACCCCCGACAAUUCUUGGUGUAAGAGAGCAUGUCUUUACUGGAAGUGUUUCAUCGUUAGCUUGGUUCAUGUCCAAUCAAGAAACUAGCUUCGUGACCUUGGGUCAACGUGUUUUGGCGAAUCCUCUAAAGGUUCGCAUGCACUAUGGGCAUCCUGAUGUGUUUGACAGGAUAUUUCAUAUAUCCCGAGGUGGCAUUAGUAAGGCAUCUCGUGUUAUUAAUAUUAGUGAAGAUAUAUAUGCAGGGUUCAAUUCCACAUUAAGGCAGGGUAACAUUACACACCAUGAAUACAUUCAGGUCGGGAAAGGAAGAGAUGUUGGGUUGAACCAAAUUGCACUAUUUGAAGGCAAAGUAGCUGGUGGUAAUGGAGAACAAGUCUUAAGCAGGGACAUAUACCGGCUUGGACAACUUUUUGAUUUUUUCAGAAUGCUAUCUUUCUACUUCACAACUGUCGGUUUUUAUGUGUGCACAAUGAUGACCGUUCUUACUGUUUACAUUUUUCUAUACGGAAGGGCUUAUCUGGCUUUCUCUGGUGUUGAUCGUGCAAUUAACCAGGUGGCUAAAUUGUCGGGUAACACAGCAUUGAGUGCAGUUUUAAAUACUCAAUUCUUAUUCCAGAUAGGAAUCUUCACAGCCGUCCCAAUGAUAAUGGGAUUUAUACUUGAACUUGGAUUGUUGAAGGCUGUUUUCAGUUUUAUCACCAUGCAGCUCCAGUUGUGUUCUGUUUUCUUCACAUUUUCUUUAGGAACUAGAACUCAUUAUUUUGGGCGCACAAUACUCCAUGGAGGUGCAAAAUACAGAGCAACUGGUAGAGGCUUUGUGGUCCGUCACAUCAAGUUUGCCGAAAAUUACAGGCUUUAUUCACGAAGUCAUUUCGUAAAGGCGCUUGAAGUGGCACUGCUUCUUAUAGUUUACAUAGCAUAUGGCUAUACGGAUGGAGGUGCAGUUUCUUUUGUCUUGCUUACUCUCAGUAGUUGGUUCCUUGUUAUGUCGUGGCUCUUUGCUCCUUAUAUCUUUAAUCCAUCAGGAUUUGAGUGGCAGAAGACCUUUGAGGACUUCAACGAUUGGAUCAGUUGGCUUCUUUAUAAAGGUGGAGUUGGAGUGAAGGGAGAAAACAGUUGGGAAUCAUGGUGGGAUGAGGAACAGAUGCAUAUCCAAACGUUGAGAGGUCAGAUACUGGAAACCAUUUUAAGCUUGAGAUUUUUCCUAUUCCAAUAUGGUGUUGUCUACAAACUCAAUCUCACUGGAAAUAACACCUCACUGGCGAUUUAUGGAUUUUCGUGGGUUGUGCUCGUGGCGAUUGUCAUGAUAUUCAAGAUAUUCACCUUUAGCCCCCAAAAGUCAACCAACAUCCAGCUGUUGAUGCGUUUUAUACAGGGAGCUUUAUCUUUAAUUCUUAUUGCUGCACUCUGCCUUCUUGUUGCCUUCACUAAUCUGACAAUUCUAGAUAUUUUUGCCAGUGUCCUGGCAUAUAUUCCUACUGGCUGGGCUAUUCUAUCGCUGGCCAUCACAUGGAAGAAGAUAGUAAGGAGAUUGGGACUUUGGGAUUCAGUACGUGAGUUUGGCCGAUAUUAUGAUGCUGGGAUGGGUAUAAUUAUAUUUGUACCAGUUGCAGUCUUAUCAUGGUUCCCAUUUGUAUCUACCUUCCAGUCACGUCUUCUCUUUAACCAAGCAUUCAGCCGAGGGCUGGAGAUAUCCAUCAUCCUUGCCGGAAACAAAGCCAAUGUUCAGGCUUAACCAUAAAUGGUCGUGUUUCUGAUAAAAAUGAUGGCCUUUUUUCGCGUCUGCCGGUAGUUUAUUUCUUUAAUGAAACAUAUGACCAGGACCUACAGAUGGCCAUCAUCCUUAUCGGUAGCAAGAUCAGGCUUGAUUAUCCAUGUUUUGUUGCUGGGUAGUUAACUGUACAGCUGCAGCUCUGUUGUUGUACUAUAUUAUACACAUCUGACCAAUGAAUUACAUUGCUGGAGCAUAUAGGGAAACUGCAACAUGAACAGUGGCAGGAGUACGUACUAUGUACAGGGAAUUUUACUUAAAUGUUGUGCACUUGUAUUUAGACAUUUUAUCUUUCAUAAUCUUUGGGAUUCAUUGUCUCUUCA